CGAGCGAGGCAGGCAGGCGGGCCGGGAGGGAGGGAGGGAGGGCGCGCGGGCGGCGGCGGCGGCGGCGGCGAGAGCAGAGGACGAGCCGGGACGCGGCGCCGCGGCACUAGGGCGCGCAGCCGGGCCGGCCCGACCCCACCGGCCACACGGUGGAGUCACUGGAAGCCCAACCCCACCGGCAGCCUGAGGCCGCGGUUCCCCAGGGUUUCCGCUCCACACCUGGAUCUAUGUCUAAGUUGUAACUCUUGCUUACCAAGACCACGAUAAUUCCUUCCCCAAAGCCCAGCAGCCCCCCAGCCCCGUGCAGCCCCAGCCUGCCUCCCACCGCCCAGCUGCCCGCGAUGCCCGCCAGCGGCCCCGGGGACACCAGCGGCUCCGCUCUGGAGCGGGAGGAGGAGCGCAAGGAGGGAGAGGAGCAGGAGGAGGCUCGUGCCAAGGAGGAGCGGCAGGAGCCCAGCACAACUGCCCGGAAGGUGGGGCGGCCUGGCAGGAAGCGCAAGCACCCCCCGGUGGAAAGCAGUGACACACCGAAGGAGCCCGCCGUGACCUCCAAGUCCCUGUCCAUGGCCCAAGACUCAGGCCCCUCAGAGCUGUUACCCAACGGGGACUUGGAGAAGCGGAGUGAGCCCCAGCCAGAGGAGGGGAGCCCUGCUGGAGGGCAGAAGGGCGGGGCCCCAGCAGAGGGAGAGGGUGCCACUGAGACCCCGCCCGAAGCCUCCAGAGCUGUAGAGAAUGGCUGCUGCACCCCCAAGGAUGGCCGGGGAGCCCCUGCAGAAGACGGCAAAGAACAGAAGGAGACCAACAUCGAAUCCAUGAAAAUGGAGGGCUCCCGGGGCCGGCUGCGGGGUGGCCUGGGCUGGGAGUCCAGCCUCCGCCAGCGGCCCAUGCCGCGGCUCACCUUCCAGGCGGGGGACCCCUACUACAUCAGCAAGCGCAAGCGGGACGAGUGGCUGGCACGCUGGAAAAGGGAGGCUGAGAAGAAAGCCAAGGUGAUCGCAGUAAUGAAUGCUGUUGAAGAAAACCAGGGGUCCACCGAGUCUCAGAAGGUGGAGGAGGCCAGUCCUCCCGCCGUGCAGCAGCCCACCGACCCUGCAUCCCCCACAGUGGCCACCACGCCCGAGCCCGUGGGCGCCGAUGCUGGGGACAAGAACGCCACCAAAGCAGCUGACGAUGAACCGGAGUACGAGGACGGCCGGGGCUUUGGCAUUGGGGAGCUGGUGUGGGGGAAACUGCGGGGCUUCUCCUGGUGGCCAGGCCGCAUUGUGUCUUGGUGGAUGACGGGCCGGAGCCGAGCAGCGGAAGGCACUCGUUGGGUCAUGUGGUUCGGAGACGGCAAGUUCUCAGUGGUAUGCGUGGAGAAGCUGAUGCCGCUGAGCUCCUUCUGCAGUGCUUUCCACCAGGCCACCUACAACAAGCAGCCCAUGUACCGCAAGGCUAUCUACGAGGUCCUGCAGGUGGCCAGCAGCCGAGCGGGGAAGCUGUUUCCAAUGUGCCAUGACAGCGACGAGAGCGACACUGCCAAGGCCGUGGAGGUGCAGAACAAACAGAUGAUCGAGUGGGCCCUGGGAGGGUUCCAGCCCUCUGGCCCCAAGGGCCUGGAGCCCCCAGAAGAGGAGAAGAACCCCUACAAAGAAGUUUACACAGACAUGUGGGUUGAACCCGAGGCAGCUGCCUAUGCGCCGCCCCCACCAGCCAAAAAGCCCCGAAAGAGCACAACGGAGAAGCCUAAGGUCAAGGAGAUCAUUGAUGAACGCACAAGAGAGCGGCUGGUGUACGAGGUACGGCAGAAGUGCCGGAACAUCGAGGACAUCUGCAUCUCUUGUGGGAGCCUCAACGUCACCUUGGAACACCCUCUUUUCAUCGGAGGAAUGUGCCAAAACUGCAAGAACUGCUUCCUGGAAUGCGCGUACCAGUACGAUGACGAUGGCUAUCAGUCCUACUGCACCAUCUGCUGCGGGGGGCGCGAGGUGCUCAUGUGUGGGAACAACAAUUGCUGCAGGUGCUUUUGCGUGGAGUGUGUGGAUCUCUUGGUGGGGCCAGGGGCUGCGCAGGCAGCCAUCAAGGAAGACCCCUGGAACUGCUACAUGUGCGGGCACAAGGGCACCUACGGGCUGCUGCGGCGGCGGGACGACUGGCCGUCUCGGCUCCAGAUGUUCUUCGCCAACAACCAUGACCAGGAAUUCGACCCUCCGAAGGUUUACCCACCUGUCCCAGCUGAGAAGAGGAAGCCCAUCCGGGUGCUGUCUCUAUUCGAUGGAAUUGCUACAGGGCUUCUGGUGCUGAAGGACUUGGGCAUUCAGGUGGACCGCUACAUCGCCUCCGAGGUGUGUGAGGACUCCAUCACGGUGGGCAUGGUGCGGCACCAGGGAAAGAUCAUGUACGUCGGGGACGUCCGCAGCGUUACACAGAAGCAUAUCCAGGAAUGGGGCCCGUUCGAUCUGGUGAUUGGGGGCAGUCCCUGCAACGAUCUCUCCAUCGUCAACCCUGCCCGCAAGGGACUCUACGAGGGCACUGGCCGGCUCUUCUUUGAGUUCUACCGCCUCCUGCAUGAUGCGCGGCCCAAGGAGGGAGAUGACCGCCCCUUCUUCUGGCUCUUUGAGAAUGUGGUGGCCAUGGGCGUUAGUGACAAGAGGGACAUCUCGCGAUUUCUCGAGUCCAACCCUGUGAUGAUUGAUGCCAAAGAAGUGUCAGCUGCGCACAGGGCCCGCUACUUCUGGGGGAACCUUCCUGGUAUGAACAGGCCAUUGGCAUCCACUGUGAAUGAUAAGCUGGAGCUGCAGGAGUGUCUGGAGCACGGCCGAAUAGCCAAGUUCAGCAAAGUGAGGACCAUUACUACUAGGUCGAACUCCAUAAAGCAGGGCAAAGACCAGCAUUUCCCCGUCUUCAUGAAUGAGAAAGAGGACAUCUUAUGGUGCACUGAAAUGGAAAGGGUGUUUGGCUUCCCUGUCCACUAUACUGACGUCUCCAACAUGAGCCGCUUGGCGAGGCAGAGACUGCUGGGCCGGUCGUGGAGCGUGCCGGUCAUCCGCCACCUCUUCGCUCCGCUGAAGGAAUAUUUUGCUUGUGUUACUUGGUCUGAUGAAAGCUGUGCUCUUACCUCGAGUCGGCAGCACCUGGAGCCCCAAGUGCACGACACUUGGUUCCGCUUCCCACCGAGGCAGGCGGCCUGGCGUUGGCGGUAGACUGUCAAUCCCAGAAGUUGCUAGGUGCUGAAGACAGGAAAAGGAGGAGGUUUUCUUUUAGCAGGUGCUCUCCUCUAGCAGGUAGCGUUCUAUCUCUUUUGCCCCUGGUGAUGUCAAAAGAUUCUUCUGUUAGCAACCUGUGACACUGACCUGCAACCCUAGGCACCAGUCAAGUCAGCCCUCAGCUCCCCCUACUUAUUCUCCCCCGUCCAAAGUGAAUCUGACGUCCAGGGCUGUCUUGGCCAGGGGGCUUCCAUUGGAAAGAAAUGGGACAGCGAACCUCAUCAUUGGAAUAAAGCAAAUUAGUAAUUGGUUAAAAAAAAAAAAAAAAUUAACCAAGCUUUGAAUCCUUUGCUCAUUGCUCAGGAGUAAGCUCACAGCUGGUGGCCAUGGUCUCCCACUCCUUUUAGGGGGUGCUUAGUCCCACACCCCAAGCUACUCAUUUCCUUGUCAGAUUGGUUUAUACAGCUCUGUGCCGUGAUGGCAGGUGGUGACGGUGGGCUCCCCUGGGGCUGGAGCAGCUGGUGAGGGGGGGUCCCUCUGCCCUUCCCUCGUUGGAGUCUGUACCCAACUGUGGUGCUCACCCUGCUCCCCUCCAUCUCCAGCCAGGCUCCAUCUUCCCACCCGGAACCCACCAGCACGACUCUGGAGGGCGGGGGAGGAGGGCUGCACAGACAGUCCAAGGUGCUCCCUCCCCUGGCGGCGGCUGAUGCUAAGGUCUUCCCAGCAUGUGUCCGGACUGUCUCUUCCUCUGCGGACCUUCGGGCUCUCCUAGGCCAUGUGUUUGCUGCUGUGUGCAGGAGUUUGCUUUUCCCAGUGGCCCAAGUUCCAUCCGGGGAGCUUGCAUGGGGAAGAAACUUGGUAGCCAAGGAUGUGGCAAGCCUUGAGGGGUCAGCAUAGGCCAGCCAGCUUGCUUGUUGUGGCUGAUCCUUGUUCCUCCUGGUCUGGCAACCUGACUUGGCCAGAGGCCCCCCUUGUAGAGAUGAGCAUUAACAAUCGCCAGCUUUUCUUCCAGCCACACCCGGGGGCUUGGUGCCACAGUAGAACUUGGCAGGUCCCAAGGGUACCUUGGGAAUGUGCCAACUUGGCCAGGCUGGGGUGCUCUUCACAAUCUCCUUCCAACCCCCGGGGUGCCUCUGGGGAUACGUUCUAAAGGAGAGCUGUGCUUGGACAGGCCUAGUCAAGGUUGUGCAUGGAUUAAGGUGGGGGAUCAUUGGUAGACGCAGUGCAGUGGGAGAAACCAGGAAGGCCUUUGGAAAAUUCUGGAGCAUGUUCUUGGUGGAGUUUUGUUUCUCUUGAGCAGGCUCAUUUACAAAUUCCUGGAAAGGGGGGUUUCCAGGGACUUAGGGUGGUACCCCCUACUUAUUGCAGGUGCCAAGCAGAAUAUGGUGCCAAAGAGAUCCGUGGCUCUGGGCUGAGGGGACUGGCUGGGGUCACAGAGCUGGGGAUUGCCUGCCCAAGGAGGAAGCUGGUCCUCGGCCAUAAGCUGCUGUACUUAGGGGGCCUCGAGCUAGUUGGUGCUGACCCCCUUCCCUGGGGACCAGCCAAAGUGUGUAGGCUGGGCAGCUGGGGGUGAAGGCUGGUGGGGUCUUGGAGUCAGUGGACAGCCAUCUGGGUGUGACACUGUCCUUUUUUCUUUCUAGACCCCAGAACCUUCCUGCUGUUGAACAUUCUAGAAAGACUUCCCAAAAGAGUACAGGGGGCCGCUUUGCUUUUGAGAUGGGCCUGGGAGAGGUUGGCUGGCGAAGGUGCCUGUGUGGGUUUUUGAUGAGUUUGUAGGAUGCGGAUUGGGACAGGCCGACCCAGCAGGAAGGAAGGCUAGUGGACAUUGAACUAGUCUCCCCCUACUUCCUGAGCACCUGGCAAUUCUGGGGAAACCCCGAUGGAAAUAGCCCACCAUCUCCAGCACAGGAUGGUGUACAACAGGAGCAAGGAAAGGAUUCUUUCAGCAGAGCCAUCCAGGGAGUAGUCUUAGUCUUCAUCUCACUGAUGACAUAAGUUAUAUAUAAAGUGGGUCUUGGAGGCGGUUUUGAAUUCCUGUUGUCCUGCCUGGUGCAGAGAGGCUGUGGCAGUGGUGUCUUUAAGAGGUGUCAUUUUCAGGGAACUUGCAGGGUUAGGGCCAUGGGACCUGCCUGGCACUGCAAUCUGAUCUGACGAGAGCUGGUUGUUACUUGUGGUCAGCAGAGCCCAGAUGCUGGUGAGAACUGGGUUUCUAGCUAGGCCCUGUUUUGAUCCUGGGAGAUGAGGAGUCUGAAUUUGUCAUCGGGCAGGGUCUAGUCUGGAUGCUUCCAGCACUUGUGGUCAGAGAUGACACUGGAGUUUUCCUGCUCUCUUGUCCUCCACCUCUGGAGGGAUGGUGUGGAGCUGGAAUGGCUCCCCCUCCCCGGCUGUCCCCUGCUGGGGCAAGGAUUAACCAUAAGUGUUUGGAGGAUCUAAGAGGAAAGAGGAUAGGUUUAUAUCAAGAAUGGACUCCACUGUUCUAGCAGAAGCUCUUGGAUCUUUACGUUUUGGUAAAGGAAGGCUGGGGUCUGUAGGAUGUGAGGUCAGCCCCUCUUGCACUGUGUGUUCCAGAGACCCGGCUGAGCAGGCCUUUGGUUGGCCACCUCCUGUUUACUGCUGGCCCUCGAUAGUGGAGUCCAGGGGAGAGGGACAGAGAAGCAGGUCAGAAGCAGUGAGGACAAGGAUGGAAGGUCCUUGGCUGGUCGUGACUGGCUAAAUUGCCCUGGCGGAAGCCCCCAGACUCCUGUAACCCCCCUAACUGGAAAACUCCCCUGAGGGGCAUGGGAGGGUGGCUUUCUCAACCUCCAGUCUCAUGGCCUCCAGCCCUGGGCCCGAGAACAUGAGCAGGGAUCCGAAAGCAUCACCUGAGUCCCAUUUCACUUCACAGACUGAUUUGGUAGCACAGCCCUAGAAUCCAACCAACCACAAAAAUACCGAAAUUCCUUAGAAUACGCAGAGGGAGGAGGUGACUCAACAAGGUGCUAAAACAUUUUAUUAAAAAUAUAUAUUGUUAAAUUAAGUCUGCUGUCUGGACAAUGACUGUUUGUUUUGUUUUCUUGUAGUGGAGUUUAAAAGAGACUAUUAUUUUACUCUGAUAUAUUAUUAUUAAAAAGGCAUUUUAACUUUGUACUUGAAAACUAAAUGAACGAUUUCAUGUGUUUUAGCUGAGGCAUUGAAGUAGCGGGUGCUUACUUAUUUGUGGGAAAUCAUGUAUUCAUACUGAAGAAUAAACUCCGUAGCUGAUUUGGUAAUAACUUUUACUGUUACAGACGAUUUCGCUUUGACCCCGGCGGGAGAACACUUUGACUGCACAUUCCACGCAGCUAAAUGCAGGACUUAACUCCCUGACCCUUCCCUUCCCGGCCCUCUUUCCUUUUUCUUCAGUUCCUCUUCUGACUCUCUGUUGUUGUUGUUGUUUUUUUUUCUUCCUGGUUCCAGCAUCCUUUCACCACUGUAUUUUUUUUUUUUUUUUUUUUUUUAGGGUUGCUUCUCUAUUUAUUGACAAUAAUAAUGUACAUUUCACAGUCUGGUUCUGGGACAUUGGGGAGGGGGUGUGAUAAGGCCCCGCGUGGGUCCCCACCGCCACGCCCCCGUGUCCUGUUGUAUCUCUGUGUAAGUGAUGCUCGUGACAUAGCUGUUAUGAAAUAAUUAUAAAGAGGUCAGUGCGUACAGCAGAUGUAGAAAGUCUGUCAAUUCCGCCUUCAUCACAUUUUUUUUUUUUUGUGCCCAGAAGAAUAUAAUAAAGCUCCUUUCUAAUGUACUUGUGCUGGAGAACACUUGAAUAAAUGGACUGUUUUUGUGCAAAAAGAAAAACGGAAAAA